AUGAGUGUACCGGCAGCAACGGUGCAGCAACGAGCUGGUGAGAUGCAAUCGGCCGCGGUGGCGCCGUCCUCAUUCUUGCCGGGCCAGUCGGGCAAGAUCCCAGGCAGGAAACGAGGAAGACCCCCGCUGCGUAGUGUGGCCAAGAUGGAUUUCGUCAAUCGCUACGCCGACUCACUGCCGCCACUCAAAGUGCCCAAGAAGAGGGGAAGAAAGCCAGGAUUCAAGCUGAAACCCAGGAUGGUAAUGACGCCAUUAGCCAUCUCACCGCCCAGCAGCACCCCCGAACCCGACAUGAGCUCCAUCCCUCAGGACGCCGCCACAGUCCCCCACUCGGCCACCCCCCAAGUGCUCACAGUGUGCAUCUACAUCAACAAGCAGGCCAACACUGGCCCCAACCUGGACAGGAAGAAAAUCCAGCAGCUGCCCGACCACUUCGGACCUGACCGGCCGUCAGUGGUGCUGCAGCAGGCUGUGCAAGGAUGCAUCGACAGCGCCUUUCAGCAAAAAACUGUCUUCACGCUCCUAACGCAGGGAUACGGAGGAGAGAAGAUAUCGGCUACGUUUGACGGCAAGCAGCACCUCCUGAGCCUACCUGUGGUCAACAGCAUUGACUACGUGCUGCGUUUUCUGAAGAAGCUGUGUCGUAGCCUGCAUUGCGAGAAUCUGUUCAGCGACCAGCCUGUUGGCCAGCAUGCCUCCUACCACUCUGAUGGGGAAUCGUCUGUGACAGAGGAUUACCACCACGAGCGAACAGAGGGGAAGCGCUACCCAGUUGCAGAGCGCAGGGAACCCACGUUUGGCUCAAUCAGCUCAUCCUCUUACUCGUCUAUGCCCAAACCGUCCUAUGGCUUCCGCUCAUCGCAGCAGUCAGGCAACAUAUCAGCCGCCAGACAGUCUUCGGGGAGUCCUGACACUUUCAUGGAAAGCAACAGGACAGGAGGCUACGUCGUACAGGAGUCCAAAGCCUUGCCCCCUGGCAAAGAUCCGUCCACGUGGAGCGUGGAUGACGUAGUGCGGUUCAUCAGAGAUGCCGACGCCAAUGCCCUUGGACCGCACGCCGACGUCUUCAGGAAACACGAGAUCGACGGUAAUGCCCUGUUGCUGCUGAAGAGCGACAUGAUCAUGAAGUACUUGGGCCUGAAGUUAGGCCCCGCCCUCAAGCUGUGCUUCCAUAUCGACAAGCUCAAGCAAAGCAAGUUUUAG